AUGCCGCGCAUAAUCAUCACCGGUGCCUCGGGCGUGUUAGGCAGCGCGGUGUACGCCGCAUUCACAUCGGCAGGCCACACCGUCUUGGGAUUGGCCCACUCGCGCCCCACAGGCCAGCUGGAGCAGCUUGACUUGACGGAUUACGAUAAAACUGAACAAGUGUUCUCCAAGUUUGCGCCUGAUUGGGUCAUACACUGCGCGGCAGAGAGACGACCGGAUGUAGCGGAGAAGGACCCAGAAGCCGCACGGAAACUCAACGUCUCGGUUCCCGAAAGCCUCGCGCAGCUCUCCAAGAAGCUUAAACAUAAGCUCGUGUACAUCUCCACUGACUACGUAUUUGACGGAACCUCUCCGCCGUACACACCAUCUUCACCCACAAACCCGCUCAACCUGUAUGGCCAGACGAAGCGAGACGGUGAGAUCGCUGUCCUCGGCGUCUCCGAUAGCCAGUCUAUCGUCCUUCGCGUACCCGUUCUGUACGGGCCCGCGCCCAACAACUCGGACAGCGCGAUUAACAUCCUGCUCGACGUCGUCAGUGACCAGAGCGGCAAGCAGUACAAGAUGGACCAUUACGCGACGCGCUACCCCACGAACGUCGUGGACAUCGCAGACUUCCUAGUCCGCCUGAGCGGCCUGCCCGCGUCUCGCGUGAUCCCCCCUAUCUUGCACUACUCCGGCGGCGAGCCCUUCACCAAGUACGAGAUCUGCCUCAUCUUCGCGCGCAUUCUCGGUGUGUCGCACGCACACAUCGUCGCCGAUGCCGAACCGCCCAAGGAUGGCACUCCGCGCCCACGCGACUGUCAGUUGUACACCCGUGAGACGGAGGACCUGAUGGAGGGCUAUGGUGGGUUGGGGUGGACACCUUUCGAUGAGUGGUGGACGGAGCACCUCACAAAGACGCAGUAAACUCGCGAGCCUGAAGGAAGUUAUGCAAAAGAUGUACGAAUAUAUGUGAUGUUUUAUAGACUUGUAACGUAUCUGGAUGGAGGUGAUUUACACGUUUUGA